AUGUUGGAAACAAUUUAUGUCUAUAUGAUACUGUUAGACAUGAUUCUGUUUGGAUUUUGCUUUCGCUCAGAUCAAAUGCACGAGCGAUGUGGCUCUGUCAUAGAUGGAAAGUCCGGAGAGAUUGUGUUUGAUGCCAAUAAGUUACCAGAACAUGUUUCUUUCUGCAAAAUUACACUAUCUUCAGGAAGUUGUCUAGGUUGUUCAAACAAUGCAACACGUCUGAUGUUCUAUUUUGCAAAAUUCAAUAUGUCGAAUGAUUGCAAAAAUAUCAAUGUUAGUUUACUGGACGGGUACGAUAAUUAUUCUCCGUCCAUCGAAGGUUUGCCUGAUACUUUAUGUGGUCACAGUCGGAAACUUCUGAUGGAGGAAUGUGUGUUCAGUUCAACAAGAAACAAAAUGAGUGUCUACUUCACACGCUCGGGCGAAAUGAUGAACAAUUCUGCAACGUUUAGCUUUGUAUAUUCCAGUUUUCAUACAGGAGUCUGUGAUAAAAACCUGGAGUUUGAAUGUUCUCAAGAUAGUAUGAGACACAUAGGAACUGCAUGUUUCAGCGAUGAGGAAUUUUGUAAAGGCUUCAAUGACACCAUCUGCUUUUCAAAACCGGAAAAAGGAAAGUCAAGUAAAGCUGUAAAGUACAUUCUAUGUGGUUUAUUGGGAAUAGUCGCGCUGUUUGGUUUGAAGUUUAUUUACCAUCAGUACAUGAAAGGAGAAAGAGGAGGAGAAAACUGCAUAUCGAGAAUGAAAAGGAGACUUGCUCGAACGCUGCACGAGGAAACAAGCACUCGACUACCUACAUUCAUGACCAAUCUUUCUGAGUGUUCGUUUUGCUCUGACCCUAGUAUUGUGGAUGGAGCUAGUAAUGUUGCUAAUCUAUCACAAAUUAACAUGGAUAUACUUGAUGCAGCGUCUGUUGCUAGCCUACGUUUAUCACCUUCAGCACCAACAUUAGAGGAAAUUGAGAGAGAAACACCAACAUUAGAGGAUAUUGAAAUUGGAGUACCUGGUCCACCACCGCCUACAUAUGAUGAGUCGAUAGUGCCAUCUUACAACGAAGUAAUGACACAUCAAGAUAAAUAUAUUGUGCAUUAAUGAAAAUUGUGUAUCAGUAAGAUGUGUUUUGAGACAACAAUAAAAAUAACAUUUCUAAUUUUAUCGGGAAUUGUUAUGCUUACAUUUAGA